AUCAGGUAGACAUGAACGUUGGAGGCACAUUUUAACCGGCUAAACGUGAAUUAAUGGUUGGAAAAUCCAUUCUCAGUGUUUAACAGGGAUGUUUGAGGUUUAAUAAGGUUAUACUGUAUACCACUCUGUUUGAUGAGGGGACGACAUAUUUCCCCCACAGUGAUUAGGACAGUGUCACCAGAUCCACUAGAAUGAAUGCAGGGGUGAGACACUCCCACUCAGUAGUAAGUUAAUGCCCUGAGGACCAACAGGACCCGUGUGUUGUUAAGGUCAUUCAGCUUCCUCAUACCUGCCAGGAUGGAUCUUGGUAAGGCAAAGCUGCUUCGGACAGGACUCAACACUCUACACCAAGCCAUCCAUCCUCUGCACGGGAUAGCAUGGACGGACGGCAAGCAGGUCUGCCUGACAUCUUUCUACUUCAUGAAUGGUGAGGUGAAAUUUGGGGACACCAAUGUUAUCGGGCAGUUUGAGCAUGUUUUCGGGCUCUUCUGGGGCCCGCUGUGCUGCUCUGACUCCCCUGCCUUGCUGGCUGUUCAGCACAAGAAACAUGUUACCGUCUGGCAACUGCAGCUCAGCGCUCUUGAGCAGAACAAGCUGCUGUGCACUCAGACCUGUGAGAUGAGCGAGCCUUUCCCCUUGCUCUCCCAAGGCUGCGUUUGGCAUCCUAAACUGGACAUGCUGGCUGUACUGACUAAGAGGGACACUUCUGUGCUGUUUUCUGUCAGAGUGGACAACAGGAGAGUCAAAGCAGACAUCAAAGGUAGCGGAAUCAUCCACUGUGCUUGCUGGACUAAGGAUGGCACACGCCUGGUGGUAGCUAUAGGCAGCGCUCUUCACUCCUACAUCUGGAAUGACAUCCAGAAGAGCCUGGUGGCCUGCUCCUUCUGUCCCAUCUUUGAUGUAGGAGGUUACAUCUGUGCCAUCGAGGCCACAGGGGAGGCUCAAGUAGCUGUGGCUACAGAGCUGCCUCUAGAUAAAAUCUGCGGGUUAAAUGCAGGCAUAGCCUUCGACAUGCCGACAGAGGCAGAGUCCCUGCAAGGCCAGGGCUCGCAUGUGGUCAUGUCAGAUGAAGACACCCUUCAUGACUCUAGAAGAAGAUCGUUUGAGUCAGAUAGGUCCCUCAUCUCUAGCUCAGGCCCUCUAGACCUCACCCACCUCCUGGCGAGGCACCGUCGCUCAGACCCCAGCCCGCUUAUUCACCUACGUCGCAGAGACACUGUGACAGGUUCGGGCCAGGACUCCUCACACCUCAUCCUGGUCACCUACGAUCGUAAAGUCACUACCACCCGCAAAGUCAGCAUCCCUGGGGUUUUGGUCCCUGACAUUGUGGCGUUCGAUGCACGUGGUUCCACCGUUGCAGUGGCUUCUAACACGUGCAACAUGGUGCUCGUGUACUGCAUCACAGCUUCAGCCAUGCCGAACAUCCAGCAGAUCUCUCUGCAGACGAACGAGAGGCCCAAAGGGGUCUGCUUUCUCAGUGACAAGAUGCUGCUGUUGAUGGUGGGCAAGCAGAAGUCCAAUGACCCUGCCUUCCUCCCAUCUUCCAACACAGAUAAAUAUAUACUUCGUCUUAUAGCCAAAGAGUUGAUGUACGAUGGAGAGACUCCUAUCGCACCAUCCCCCACUGUUCACAACCCUGAGUCUGCUUCUAAUUUCUGCGCAGGGAUUAGGAGGCACUCGGAGCACCUAUCUAAGGAUGACAGGGAGCGUCCGGUCAUAAAGGACUUGGUGUUGCCUGGAGGGGGAGUAGUUCGUUCACCAGGGAACAGACGCAGGCUGGUGGAGGAGGUGAGGAGCACCGAGCCCAGCCCCGCCGCCAGCUCUGUGGACUUCACUGACCGAGCAUCAGACAGAGCCCCGUCCAGUGCCUCCUCCAUCACCGUUGAGAAUUUCGAUAUGGACCAUGUCAACCGUAUGGCCAGCCUGGCGGUGGCCGGCCAGGUCAGCAGAGACUCCAGCCGGUGCAGUUCUCCUCGCUUCGAGCAGUCGGACAAGCUUCACACAGAGCCCACGCUGCCUAUGCAUGAAAAGACACCCAGCAAUGCCAAGGAGCGCGGGCUGGAGCAGCUUGUUCACAACAUGGAAAGGCUUUUUACACGCUUUGCAGAUGUACAGCAGUGCCUGACAGAAAUCAGAGAUUAUACCCAAAAUGGCAAGAAAGCCCUGACUGUCUACCCCAAUGCCUGUGAACCCCCUUAUGUCAACGUCACAUGUCAGAAGCAGUUAUCAGAAAAUGUGUUCAUUGAUGAGCGGAGGCCAGUGCUGCUGUGUGAAGGGAAGUUGUGUCUGCGAGCCCUCCAAGACCUCUUCAAUUUAACCAUUGUGGAAAUGAUGUACGGGCCAUUGUGGAUUGUACUUGUGGCAGAUGCAGACGGCUUUGUGCCCUUGACAUUCAAACCCAAAGAGGAGCUUACAGUGCGGAACGGGAAGCGGAAAACUACCCUGCGGACCCCUGGGAGUCCAGAGAGCUCCUGCCCAUCCAGUCCAGCCCCCGUUCAAAGCCCCAACACAACCACAGAGGCCUCCAUAUAGUGCCCCUCUAACAUUCACCUCAAUUUAUGGUCGUGAUGCACCCAUGCAGAUAACCAGAGCUAGAUAUCAAAUGUAUUUUUGUAUGUACUGGAAAACGGUAGUGAUUUGAAAAGGAGUUGCCUAUUCAGAUGUGAUGUUUACAUGUUGCUGCUUUGAAAGAAAUUUGAGUAAUGAGCCAUGUUUUUCCUUUUAUUUAUUUUUUUUUUGUUAUUUGACAAAAUGCAGUACAGUUGUCGUCUAAACCUCCAUUAAAGGAGGACACCAAUUGUAGUGCCAUGGCACCAAAGUAACAGCUUUCAGUUUGUUUUAAAGAAGUGUAAGACAUAUUUUCAGUUUUAUCUGAUUGUCGUUAUACCCAUUAUUCUAAUGUCCUGUUACAAAAACGACUAAUGUCUGAUGUAAAUGUUUGGUUUGAUUAUUGGGAGCUCUGCAGAAACCCUCACAGGUAUGGAAAUACAGUAAGGUGUAUGUAAUUAUGAUUUUUAUGCAAAAUAGUCCUACUCAAAUGUUGCAAGUAUAAACUUACCCUCUUGAGGUGUUAUGCAUGUCUAAUAUGUUCAGGAGAACACAGUUGAAGCACUUUUCUUGUGCAGUUGUAAUGUUAACAACUGACCACUAGAGGGGGCAACACUCAACAGAAACCUUCCUCUCAUGGCAGUAAAGUGUUUUUUGUUUGGAGCUCUGUGGAAGACCAAAUGAAAUGUGUAUCUUGUUUAAAGAAAAUUCAUAUUUUGUUAGCCUUUUGGAUAUUAAAUUUGCAGUGUGCA